AUGACGUGGGCUUGCCUCCGACGGCAGGCCUGCGGCCCCCUAGCCUAUUUAACAGUUGAAGAUCUCAUUGCUCUUGUUUUCCCCUGUUCAUGGACACUCCUUGGAGCAUGCAGCUUCUGCUAUUAUGCCAUUCAACCUGCUGUCUACCACAGGGACCCCAAGACACUCCCAAUGUACUUUACGCUUCUCUCCACAUUUCCCGCCUUCCUGACAGCAUUCAAUUAUUAUAUCUUCCAGCGGUCAGCAGUGAUGCAGCGUGGGAUGACCCGUGGCACCGUCGAGGAUAUGACGCAGCUUACGCGCCUGUUCGGCCUGCUUAUCAUGAUUGCCCUGGCUAUUCUGUCAACCAUAUGCGGCAUGCAGUUCGUCAGGUGCGAGUCCUGCAAUAACGCGUCGUUCGGAGAAAACAUAUUUUGGUGCGGCGCGACUUUGGCCUGGCUGAUCAUCAUGGCCUGCAACGCGCCUAGCCCUAGGCACCAAAGCAAACUGAUAUACAUCCACGAGACCUCCACUGGGGGCCCCCACAACGUGCCUCAACUGUUUGGGAGAGUUGCCAUGGCGGAAGACACUAGCUUUAUGGUAGACCCUCAGGACGCAACGGUAGACAGAUUCGUUCGCGCGGGCGUGCACCCCGACAUGGUCGUGGACGGCAAAGUUGCGCCACCGAAGGAAUGA